AUGUCCUCCGAGGAGCAAUCCGGUUCGGCGUUGGAAGAGUGCUUGCAUUCAAAUGCGUCUCAUACGCGGGCAAAUGUAAACCUGGAGCUCCACAGCUCCACGCACCAGGCAAUGUGGUACACAGGCGUUGCCAUCGCCUCUGUUUACAGCGUUAUUAUCGCCAUGGGGCUAGUAGGUAACAUCACUCUCAUCAGGACCUUCUGCUCCUCGGCGUCUGUUCGCAAUGUCCCCAAUCUGUUCAUGACGAGCCUGGCGCUUGGGGACGUCCUGCUGCUGCUGACCUGCGCGCCGGUGGACGCCAGCCGCUACCUGGCGGAGGAGUGGCUCUUCGGCCGAGUGGGUUGUAAAGUCAUCCCGUUCAUUCAACUCACCUCGGUCGGCGUCUCUGUCUUCACGCUCACCGCGUUGUCCGCCGACAGAUACAAGGCCAUCGUGAAGCCCCUGGACAUCCAGACAUCCAGCACAACUACCAGCAUUGUGCUGCGGGCAGCGCUCAUCUGGCUUCUCUCCGUAAUCCUUGCUGUUCCUGAGGCUGUGUUCUCAGACCUCCACACCUUCAGCAUCAGCUCCACUAACGAAACUUUUAUUACCUGCGCUCCCUAUCCCCAUGCUGGAGAACUACACCCCAAGAUCCAUUCAAUGGCUUCCUUCCUCAUUUUCUAUGUCAUUCCUUUGCUGGUCAUAUCAUUGUACUACACCUUUAUUGCCCGCAGCCUGGUCAAGAGCGCCUCUAACUUGCCCGUGGAAGGAAACAUGCACGCUAGUCGCCAGAUUGAGUCAAGGAAGCGCUUGGCUAAGACAGUCCUCGUGUUUGUGGGCUUAUUUGCAGUAUGCUGGCUGCCCAGCCAUGUCAUCUACCUGUACCGCUCCUACCACUAUUCUCAGGUGGACACCUCGCUGGUUCACUUUGUGUGCAGUGUGGCAGCUCGUAUCUUGGCCUUUACAAACUCCUGCCUCAACCCCUUCGCCCUCUACCUGCUCAGCAAGAGUUUCCAGAAGCAGUUCAACCAGCAACUGUGUGGCUGCUGCCUGAAUAUCUUCAAACGGGCUGCGCUGAGCCCAGCACGUUUCAACACACACAUGACCUCCAUACGCAGCACACAUCACUCCAUGGCUAGUCUGAGCAUGAUCAAUGGCAGGCAGGUCUAUCAGGAGGAUUGGGUGUAGUACAUUUCCUGGUGAUAUGUGAAAGUGUGCGUGCAUGUGUGCGUGCGUGCGUGCAUGCGUGCGUGCAUGUGUAUUUGUUUACAAGCCUGUGUUUGCAUGUGGGUUA